AUGGCGAAAAGCCAGGAUGAACCCGAGGCGACUGCCGGGGGUGACGACCUCCCCGACUCCGGGACGUCAAUAACAGGCUUGCUGAUAUACAACCUGCAAAGGUGGAGCCGCGAGCGCUAUCCCGGUGCGGCCUUGUUCAACUUUGGGACAUUCCUCCUUCCUGCUAUCUACGGCACGCUGUCGAAACUGUGGGUCUCGCAGAUUGAUAGCUCGCUGGUGGCUACGACCGACGUGUGUACAUACAUUGGCGUUUUCGCCGAAGUCCUCAACGAGGGCCUCCCCCGAGUUUCCUACCUCAUCAUCGGCGACCGCUCCUCGCGUACCAUGCACUCACGCAUCCAGCUCUCCAACACGCUCAUCGUCUUCCGGACGCUUCUGGGCCUGAUCAUGUCGAUCGUAUUCGCCACGUCGGCGACGCGGUUCGCGCAAACCUUCGAGAUUAUCCGCCCCGCGCUUCUCUCGAUCAUGUGCGUCCUCCUGAUCGAAAUCCCGCUGUUCCUGAUCCUGACCUUCGCCGCCGUGCGGCCGUUCGCGCUGUACCUCUCCGGGAUUCAGGCGGUAGCGGACGUAGUCCGACAUACGUGGCGCACGAUCGACUGGUGCUACAUAUUCUACGCGGUGUCGACACAGGCUUCGGCGAUCCUGCUCGCGACCCUGCCCGAGCUUGGUUGUCGGGUGGUGGUGGUGGUGGUCGUUCGGGAGGGGGAGGGCGAGGCUCGGAAGAAAGCUUGGUAUAUCAGCCCUUCGCUUCCAGAAAGGCAGUCACUCUCCGUGGAAUCGGCUUCCUCGAUCUCCUCCCUCCGCGUCUCGGUGAGGGCAUCUGCUAGGCAGGGUUCUUCAAGUUCUCACUCUGGCCGGGCCUCCGCCGGGUGUCUUGUCACGUCCUUAGUGAUCAAUCAUCAAUGUAGUUCUCCCGACGAUCGGACGAAUCUCGUGGGUGCGGCGGGUUUUGUAGCGCGCGAGAAACGCGUGAAUUGUGGACUGUGGACUUGGGAUGGGUUAGACUUUAAAGAUUUGGAUAUUUGGGAUAGCGGGAGAUUUUGUGAUGGAAAGCGAGG